CUAAAUUUACUCAUGAACUUUGAAAACGGCCGGCAAGAAUUUAAACCUAUAAAAACAGCCUACAAAAUUAGGCACAUUCUUUGAACGUCAAUUCGAACCCUGGAAGAUAUGACUUUUAUCUUCGAGUUCUGCAAACAAUAUUUUACGAACGAGCGAAUGGAGUGAGUAAAAUAUUGUUUCUAACACGAGAUCCAUGAUUGUUCAUUUAAAGAUAAAAACGUCACGGAUAUCACUUUUACCAAAUUCAAUAUAAUAAGGAGGAAAGUCUGUUUUUUGUAAGUAACAUUCUACUCCAUCAACCUACAUGGCUUCAUAUAAAUGAUGAAUUAACCACAUUCAUUUUAUCUUGCCGUGUUUUCCAUUUUUGCCUGUGGUAACAUGGCCUUCUAUAGUUAAGACCCCCAUGGGUGCACAGAUGUUAAUUAAACUAAAGUUAACACAAACUAAAAAUACUGCUCAUCUGGAUUUUUAGCUUGAAUGGUUCCUUUUGAACACCAGUGUGUUGGAAUUUUUGAACCUGUUAACUUUGUCAGACUUUUGCUUCGUCAAAUUUGAACCUGUUAACUUUGUGAGACUUUUUUACUUCAUCAUGCAAAUUUGGCUGUUUUGAAUCACAUCUAUGUGUACCUAGGGGGUUAAUAUCAAUGAAUGCAAUAAAAAUCUAAGAUAGUAACUAACUUUCAAGACAGUUUUGAAUCGAUUGACAUUCUCAGAUUUUCUAUGACAUGGAGUGAUUUCUUCGUUUAUUGAGCACUUAAAUUAUGAUACUGUAGACCAUCCCUAUAGUAUGCUACACUAUUUCACAAUAACAAUAUUCCUGUUUCCUAUGUAGAGUGAUAUGAGUAAGGAAGGUUUAACAUUAAGUGUGGAACAUGCUGUGGGAACAGGUAUGGUAAUGUGUAAUAAGUUCUUGCAUAAUGGCGGGGCAGCAGCACCAGCCUGCGAGUGACUCACUUGAGAUGAAGGGAGUGAGCCUGCGCACAUGUCUUUAAAAAAUGUUAUGCCCCCUUCCAAGCUCUCGACUUUCGAAGGUCAACUGUCAAGAAAUGAACCAAUAGUAGCAGACAAAAAUGUAAACAAACUCGGUGCAUGCUUUUCUCUGCAUGAGUAUAAAUAGUACUAGCUACAAAUAGAACUAGAAGAAACAAAAUGUGAUAUUGCAAACAUGAGGUAUAUGUAAUGGAACCCCGUUAUUGGAGAUUUUAUCUCUGUGUGGUCAUUCCAGCCAUUGUGUGUAAUUUAUAGUUAGUUUAUAUCUUUAAUAAUGGCGUUAAUUGUCAUGAUAUCAUUAGGCAGAUUAAGAAUUAAUAUUCAUUGUUUUUGAAAAUUCAAACCCUAAUUUAUAUGCUAAUUGCAUAUAGUAUUGUGUUCAAUUGCCAAAUUAAAUAGAAUCACGAAUGCAUGCAACCCCCCCCCCCCAAAAAAAAACCCCAAAACUUUUCUUCUUUUUGCGUGGUUGGUGUUGGCGCCAAGUAUACUACGCGAGAACACGCCUGUUUAUUUACUACUCGCGACGAGUGUGCGCUACGUGCUGGCGCGUUGCUGAGGUUGAGACUUAGAUACCAUUUUUUCUUAUAAAAUAACUGUAAAGAUCUCCCAUGAUUGAUUACUAAACAUUUUGCUGUUGAAUACUUAAUGUAUAUUCUGAUAUUUGUUCAAAUAAUCGCUUUCUUCCCUUGCAGGAUCGGCAUUGGAUUUUCGAGAAAGGUACGUGUCAUGCCUUCCAUUGUUUAUAUAGUAUAGAACCUAAAAUAAACUUCUGAAAAUUUGACAACUCUGAUUCUCUGAAUAGAAAAUGUUAAAGGUAGGUAGAGGUUUUGCAGCUGUCGCGAAUUUGUUUCAACACUAAAACACAGUACGAUAGUUAACUUGUAUGUUUUUAGGCCCCAGUACAGGUGGUAACCGGAUUCGCUUCUCAUAACAUCAAGUUUAACUGUUACAGGAAUAACACUUAAAAUUGCGAUAAUAUGACAAAAUAAAACGAUCAUGUUCAAGGAGGAAAUGUUGUGGGCAGAAAUUACUCCUUGACAGUAUAUGUUGAUGUCGUAAAAAGCGAAUGCGAUAUGGUCGUGACAAAAGUCUAGUGUAUAUCACAGACUAGUAUAUACAUACAGUAUUAGGAAACUUGAUUGAAUAAUAUUACGGGGGGUGAUGACAAAUAUAGCCUGGUAUAUGGCCUAGUGCCACUGAUGGUGCCAAUCCGUAUCUGGUCGUUGCUUAAAAUGUCCGAAGUGCUUUAAUUUUGCUUAAAAUGUCCGAAGUGCUUUCAGGGUGUUAGUCAGAAAAAAAAGUUUUGUCUGUUAAACGGAAAUUGGGAAAGUUUUUUUGACCGAUUAAAGUCCUUGUGUAGGAAUAAAUAGUGUUUUUUUUUCAACGUGUUUCUCCUUAGAUGCAAACAACGGUAGCUUGGUUUUGUACAUUUCAUUUCCGGUGAAUGAACACUGAAAAACACGGAUGCACACUGAUUACACUUUGUUUUGUACAUUUCAUUUCAGUGAAUACGCACCCAAUAUAGAAAAUAGUUAAUGGGAAAAAGUAAAUAAAACGUUCUUUGAUAUAAUAAUAUAAAAUCAAACGCAAUGCACUUUCUCAUCAGAAAAAAUGAAAAUCUUCCAAUAGACCCAGUUGGGAAAGCCCCUUAGCUACUUCAAUUGGGAAGAGUCCGUUAAACGGACAGUAUAUGGGCUAGCUAACACCCUGGCUUUAAUCUAUGGGUAAAAAUCGAAAUUUUAGGCAUCAUCAUCAUAGGUUUUUUGUAGAUGGAAUUUUCCAACGUAAAGUAAUUUCUGUACACUUUUCAACCUGACCAGGAGCAGUUGCAAAAAUAUUUAUGCAACUUUAGACCUGCAGCCUUCCAGUUUUCGCAACUGCUCCUUAAUGUUAAGUUUAAAAGUGUAUAGAAAUUUACGCUCGAGUUUUAUCUGCAAAACACAUUUACCAUACAAUUUAUGUCGUUUUGCUCAGAAUAUUUUUACAUUAAUUUAUUUUAGAGGACAUAUUACCAUAAGAAGUACUAAAGGAAUCUUUGGAAUUUAUAAAGACAAUGAUGAAUUAGCAUCAAAGGAAUUUCAAAAUUUGCUGCAGGUUUUUUGUUUCUCUAUCAUUUUGUUUCUCUAAACAGAUGCUCUUAGGGCCUGUUAUAUAUGGUCGUAAUAAUAUGGUCUGUACACAGCCUAGGAGAGAUCCAGGCAUAUUUCUGGCUAGCCGGGAUGAGACUCUGCUCUAAACAUGCGUAUAUCUGUUUUCUUGAAAAUCAUCAUGCCAAGCAAUGUCAAUAUCUUAACUGACUCAACAGUGUAUUUUGUCCAUAAAAUGCCCCAUCCUUACCAGGCUGCUUGGGAAAUCAACGUCCCAUCUCGUUUAGCCGGUAUCAUAUGAGCAGACACUUAUUAGGGACAUUUUAUAUUUGACGUAUAGUGUAUAUCUCUUUCGCAGUUUCAUGUUUAUUCUUCGUCCAAAACCACGCCGGCACAAGCACCUAUUAAAUAGCAAUGAAGUCGUGUGAAAUUAUCAGUAACGACAAGAGGACUUUUUGACCAACAUAACUGUUCAUCUUCACUAAUUAUGUAUGCUAACGUAUGGGAUUACUUCAGUAUCUUGUUUCAAAUUAUGCUCGAGUUUGACGAAUAUGUGGAAAUAAAAGAUACUGUACUGUACAGUAGUUUGUGGUGGGCUCGAUCACAUUAUUUUGGUUCAUUAGCAUGUGUUAAAUGUUUUAUAUGACGUACAUUAUAAUGAUAUAUAUGGACCAAGAACUUCAGUCAUUAGGCCUAUAAGAAAAUGCUCCCCGUAAUUAGUUUAGAUAUGGUUAAUUAAAUAUACACAUACAUGUAUAUAUUACAUUGGUAUUAAGUAGUGUCCUAUGGCAUGGACAGUCACGCGUUAAUGACCACGUACAAGCCAUGUCUACGUGAUAAACAUUACUAAUUAAUGUAGAGUAUCUACGUUUAAGAUAGUGUUUAAACGAGUUUGGAUUACGGAAAAUGUCAGGUUAGACUUCUUUCGUUCCAAAUCUUUACAACACGAUUGUAGUAUGAAGACUGGAAAAUGUUAGUUUUACAGAGUUUACUUUGAAGGAUAUAUCUUGACGUAUCGCUCAGUCUAGUACGACCAUGACUCACAAACGACACAUAGUUAUCGAUGUUGACGUCAAUGUAACUAAACAAUGAUUUGAAGAGAUACACCAAGUCUCUGACUUCUCGAUCAUAGGUUAAUGGUUGCAUAUCUAAUGCUAAUAACCGUUCUCUGUACGACAGUUCGCCUCGCUUUGUCAUUGUUAUCCACCUUUUCGCUCUUCUUUGCACUUUUUCAACACGUCUUGAAAUCUGGACGCUGUUAACCGGCGACCAUACCUCUGUAGCAUAACACAGCUGGGACUUGACCAACGGUAAAUAUAAAGUUCGUCUGGCUUUCAUGUCCAUCAAUUUGGUACAAGUUCUUUUAAGUACGCCUAACAUUUUGUUUUCCUUCGCGACGAUGGUGUUCGCGUGAAUGUCCCAGGAAAGUUUUGAUGUGGUGAUAAUUCCAAGAUCUUUUUCGCUAUCUACUCGAGUCAGGUUUUGGCUCCCAAGAGUGUAGUCAUGCAUGAAUGAUAGAAUUUUUGUUUCUGGUGAUGCUGAGAACUUUGCACUUAGAGACGUUGAAGCGGCGGUUGUUUUCCAUAGUCCGGCAGAGAUUGUGAUUGGAUAGGGAGUGUUGUAAGGACUAAGUCCAAUGCUCUGCCAACUGAGCUACGAGGUCAAAUCUGUUCGAGUGUGUGGUAUUUCGGAACUAAGUCUAGUUACUAAACCUUCGAUACCAAUGUGCUCUAUGAUCAUGAUAUUUUUGUUUGUGCAUGUGUGUUUUGAUGUUAUGUAUUCAGGUGAAUAUAAUGUUUUUUAUGUUACUCUGAGUACAUGUCAUGAUCAUAGAACACAUUGGUAUCGAAGGUACUAGACUUAGUUCCGAAAUACCACACACUCGAACAGACUUGGCCUCGUAGCUCAAUUGGCAGAGCAUUGGACUAGUAUCCCAAAGGUCGCGGGUUCAAUUCCCACCGUGGUCAGGCUAACUUUCCAGCCUGCCCGGUGUGAAUAUACACUCAGAGUAACAUCAAAAACAUUAUAUUCAUCUGAGUACAUAACAUCAAAACACACACACAAAUAUUUUGAAUGAACUAUUAUACCAUGUACAUAUAUUCGAGAUAAGGGAGCUGAAGCGCGCGAGAGCGAUCCCGCCUCUUGAAAUGCAAGAACUGCAAUUGUCCGAUAUAUAAGUACUGACCAGUUACAGCACUUGAUUUAUUGUUGAUACAUGAUUACAUGAAAACAUCCUAUAAAGCAAAAUUCUCAUUCUUCUUCACAGAAGCAUUCCAUAUUUUGAGUAUACUGAAGUAUCUUUCUUACCAAAAACGUAAGAUGCAAAACUCAAACUGAAUACCUCUUUUUUGUGCGGCAAAUAGCCGAAUACCGACCGUUAUAAUACACAUAAAUUGGGCCCAGUAUGUUUUACAUCUGUUCUACAAUUAUGAGUCUGAAAAUGUUUUGUACUAAUGUUUUGCAGGAAGCAGCAUAUAAAGGAAAUUUUUAUCACAUUCGAAUUGCUCUUCAACCAUUAGAAAAUGAAGAAUCUGAUGUUCCAUAUUACUUAUCAACUUUCAUCAAAGCUGUGAGUUUUUACUGAAUUCUCUUUUUGUUAAUAAAUUCAUUAUUAUAAUUAUGAUAUCGGUGUAUCACACCAUGCAGAGUUUGUCAAGAUAUGGUUUUCUAGAAGCCCUGUAAAUUUCAAAGCUGCAAUAUAGAAGAUUUUUGUUUGAUGUUAAACUGUACCUCACCGAGCACAAAUCCCUUGUCUCAACUUCAUUAAAUAUAAAUAAAUCAUUAUUCAUCGUGGUUACACGUUUCACGUAGCUAUCGAUAGCUAUUGGACAAUUACAUAUUUUCCUACAAGUCCGAUAAGGUUCAUUUCUAUGAAAAUGAAGAAAACUCAAAGACUAGGAGAAAAAGCCUCGAAGAACGCUUUACUUACAUUACUAUCCAAGCACUGUGAUGUUAGCCAACCUUGGUUUUACCCUCAACAUACUGUACAGGGUGUAUAAAAAAAAGGUAAUCGAACUUCAGCGCGCUAUUAUACGUGAAUUACUUGGCGUAUGAACAAUUGAUUUUCAUAUUCGGAAAGAUCAGGCUUUUAGCUAUUGAAUGACAUGCGUUUCAUGACAAGUGGAGAAAAAAUAAGCAUGUACGAGGCCGAUUAAAAAUGUUAGUCAGAAUCGCAUAUUUUCACCUCUGUGCCUAAUUAAAACAAUGCAUAACAAAAGAAAAAGAAAUUAAUCACGAACGUGUCGUAGCUUAGCUAAGAUUUAUUCCGACUUAAUAAUUAUUAUGAAUAUGUGUGCAGUUUAAUGAAGUGAAAUUCAUCAACUUAAGUCCUAAAGGGGGUUCAUUUUCAAUGGUUUUAGACCCAACUCUCAACGAUGAAAAUAUGCGAUUCUGACUAACAUUUUUUAUCGGAUUCGUAUUUGCUCAUUUUUUAUUGGGCAUGGAGAAGAUAUCAUUCAACAGCUAAAAGCAUGAUCUUCCGAAUGUGAAAAAAUCACGUUCAUACGCAGAGUAAUUCAGAUACAAUAGCGCGCUGAAGUUCGAUUACCUUUUUUUUAUACACCCUGUAUAGCAAGCCUCAGGGAAUGAGGGAACAGCACCGUAACUACGUCUGCAAUACCAGCCUAAUUGCGUACUAUGCUUGUCUAGCAUGUAAGUUAUUUUAUUCCGUUUACACACAUACGUUAUGUAUUUUAUAUAUGUAUCCAUACACACAUUAAAUUAUAACCUGCAUAUUUCAGGAAUCAAACUGCACAUCAAACCACGUGAGCCCAUUUUACGAACCCCACGUACAGUAUAUGUCCCCACAUGCACUUUUGAUAUUUUGGCAUGCUGAUUUUAAAAAUACACAUGAUUAAAACGACUAGAUUCAGGGCCAUAAAUUGCGAUUAUUUUAUUUGCAUAUUGGCUUUGUUUUACCCAACAACAACAUACUCGACUUAAGCUUAUAUAUUACACGAUUACUUGGCCCACGUACUGCCCGCCGGCUUGAGCAUGUUUGUGGGGAACGAGGCUGAUAGCAUAUUCAGCACAAAACCUUGACUUAAUUUGCAUCGUUGUUGUUGACAACUGGAAUGUAAUUUGGAGAUGGACUCUAAUAAUGUAUAUCUUAUCUAUAUUUAGUGUUCAUUGGUACAGUCGAAUUUCUCUGAUAUUAUAAAACUGAAUGUCGAUCACACAGGUUAGUGCAGAAUUAUAUAUUAAACUAUAUUUAAAUACUUACAUUGGCCCCGAGAACUCAAAUUGUUGGAGAUUAAUAGUUGAUAUACACAAUAGGUAUAUUAUAUAUUAACAUUUGUUAGAACCCUAUUUAAAUUUGGGUGGGCGUGGACAUUUCCGGUGAAAUGAACACAUGGUUUUGUGUGACUUGAGCGGGCGUGCGAGUUGGCAUGUUUAUUACUAACUAUGGUUUUAUAAAGCGAGAUUUAAAAAAAUAAAAAAAGAAAGAGAUUGUGAAGAGAGAUUGAGAAUUGUCGUAGACUCUUUGGAGGCAAUUUACGACACUUGGCACCUUCCGACGGAAUUUAACUGGAGAAUUUAGCUCGAAGAAGAGCAUGGGAAUCCCGAAUAUCAUUGCAUUAAAAUAACAACUCGACGAGAUUGAAGGCAAGUUACGUAAAACGCCGGAAAACUUAAAACAAACGAUGAAGAAGUCGCUAUUCGACCAAAAGAUCCAAUAACAAAGAUUUUUUGGCUAUAAGCGACCUGAAACAAUUCAUAGAAAAAAUAAAUUUAUCAAAGGUGACUCUGAAGAGAAUAUCGCACCAUGGAGGGAAUCGAUCGAGAAACAUAUGACUUUGGCCAACGAGGAAGUCAAGCAGUUAAACGAGUAUAUUCAGCGCCUUAAAGCAAACGAACGCCGGAAAGAAAGCGCGCUGGAAAACGGAAAUAAACGACUACUAGACGAGGGAAAUUAUGCCAGACAACAAGCUUUCGGGAAACGCGAAAGAGAUAAACAGCUUGCGUUCCAACAGGAUCUUUUCAACCAAAAGUUACAGUAUCAAAAGGAAGUUGAAGCAGGGGAAAAUUCAUCUACAAAGCUGCCAAAGCUUGUAAUUGCACCUUUUAAUGGCUGAUACCACGACUGGUUGCGACUAUGGGGCCAAUUUUCUACGAGUAUCGAUUUGGCCGAUAUUCCUGACGUGAUGAAAUUCUCUUACCUGAAAGAGUUAGUAGAACCCAAGAUACAGACAUGUAUAGAUUGACUGCCCAUCAGGACCGAAGGAUACAAAAAUGCGAAGAAAAUCCUUGAUGACAAAUAUGGAAACACCAGUGAAAUUGUGAAUCCCAAUACAUGUGGAAAAAAUCGUGAAUUUGCCAACGGUAACAUGUACCCGUUCGGAGAAAAUAAACUCCUGCAAAUGUGUGUAACUUGCGACUCUAGAAAUCAAAAGUCGGACGCUAUGGAUUGUUUUGGUCCGCGGUAGAUUUCAUCCCGUUGCGGCCAUCGGUGAUAUGCAGAAGGCCUUUCUGCAAGUCAGAAUCAAGGAAGUAGACCGUGGUGCACUUCGGUUCCAUUGGAAGCCCAACAGUAAAGCUGAGAUAAAAACCAUCAGAUUUACUCUAGCCUUGUUCGGAUUGGCGCCAUCACCCUUUUUGCUCGGAGGAGUAAUCGUGGAAAGAUAGAGUAUUUUUAUGUUGACGAGCUAAAGAAUUAAGAGAUGGUGCAAUAGACCUUGUGCAUAGUGACGUCAAAGGCGUGAUGCGCGCGGGGAAUUCUGGUCUUACUUGUCACAGCGGGAAAACAAUCCAAGAUGGCCACCGCCGUGGGUGAGUGUGCUGCUGUUCUUUGUCGUCUUUGAGAGGCUAUCCACGGGUCGUCAAAGGUUAUGCAGCCCUGAAAAUAACAACAGCAGGCUGAAUAGUUCUGGAUUUCUUUUAUUGUUGGUAAAACAACCAGGAACUUAACAUGUAAAACCGCCAGUUCUUUUACUCGUACUGAACAGCGGACUGUUGCUGUUACUUUCAGGACUGCCAAACCUCUUGAAGACCCGUGCAAGAGUUUUGAAAACAACAUUGCAUAGAAUAGCCUCUAAAAGACCACAAAGAACAGCAGCUCACUCAUCUACGACAAUGGCCAUGUUGGGAACGGUCAAAGUCUUGUAACAGCGAAAUCACGUCUAGCGAAAAGAAAUACCACAAUCCCACCACUGGAACUGACGUCAACACGCAUGGCAACGAAUUUACUUGGCAACGUCAAGAAUGCUUUUUCAGGCAAUGCUAAUGAUACAUUUCUUUAAUUUUUUAUUUUUUUUUUUAUUUUUUCUGCACGUAUAUAUACAGUAAAAUUGUCUGCAACUAAUUGAAAUUAUAACUGUCUAAAUUUAUAUUUCAUGCCCGCCUUUGAUUAGCUAUUGCUAUUUGCGGGUCAUGUUAUUUCUAUCUUAUGUAUUUUAUUUUAUUGAAUAAAAUUGUAUUGUAUUGUAAAUUGUAUUGUAUUGUGCAACUUCUAACAGGCGAAGACGGGAUUGUCAGAGGAGCAAAGUUACGAGCUGGAAAGGGUAGUCUUGAGAGAGCUUACAUCAGGUGUAUCCACUAGAACUGUCGUGCAAUUGUGAGAAACCAAAACCGGCGUUGAAAUCCCAAGUUUGGGCGACUUGAGCGAGUUGGCAUGUUUUAUUACUAACAUGAUUUAUAGGGCGAGAUAUAAUAAAAUAAAAAAGAAAGUGGUUGUGAGGAGAGAUUAAGGAAUUGGAUUAUGUAUAAAUAAGUAAUUGAUCUUAUUGUAACUUCAAUGUGAAGGCCUUUCGUUUGGACGUUUGUAAUUGUAGUUAGUGGAGUCUUCAAAUUGCUUUGUAUUGUUCUGGUAGUUGAAUCCUAGAAGCCUUCGAGAAUAUUUCAAAUACAAUUUCAUGAUAUUAGGAGUUCCAAUCCUGUGUUAUAUUUUCAGGUCAAAUUUUUGCCGUUGGUUUGUCAACAACAACCGCUGACUGCAGUGACAUUCACACUAAACAGGUAGUACACAAAUAGC